AUGGCAUGUCUUCGAACGUUGACACAGUUGAGAACAAAGCAUGUGGAUUUCUCCUCUCUUUGUCCACUUUGUCUAGGAACAGAUGAGACUAUUGUGCAUUGUUUAGUUACCUGUCAAAUGGUCCAGCUGGUAUGGAACAGAGUGGGUAUUGGAACGAUUCACACAAUAGGUACAUCUUUUCUCAAUUGGUGUAUGGAUUGCUUUAAGGUGUUAAAUGUUGAGCAAAAAUGUUUAUUGGUCACUCUUUGUUGGGCGAUUUGGGGAGCACGGAAUGAUCUGGUUUGGAAUGGUAAGAAUUUUUCGGCUGACAAUAUUGUUGCUUACGCAAAAGGUUACCUUGAUCAAUGGAGAAAUGCUCGUAACUGCAGAAUCAAGGUCAAUGUGGAUGCAUCAAUUUUUGAAGAAAGUCGUAGUUUUAGAAUUGGUAGGGUUGCCAGGGAUGAUAAAGUUCUUCUCUUGGAGGGCGUUUCUUUGCUCAAACGGGGUGUCAUUCAACCUUUUGUUGCUGAGGCUUUAGGGGUUAAGGAGGCCCUUAGUUGGAUCAAAGAGAAAGGGUGGAUAGGAGUGCAUGUGGAGUCUGAUUGUCUCAUGGUGAUUCAAGCUUUACGGAGUGCUACUAAUAUGAUUUCUUUGUUUGGUAGUAUUGUUAAUGACGCAAAUAGGGUUGUUUAUAGCUUUGCCAGAGCCGCUAUUUUAUACUCUGAUAGUCGUUUCAGUUUGGAGUCUGUUCCAACUGAUUUGUUACCUAUGUUGGUAACGGAGUUUAAUGGUUAA